GCGUUUUUCCUGAUCUGUCACGAACUAUCCAAUCACGAAUCAGCUUACAAUCCUGGAUGUCGCAUUAUUCUGUUCUGUGAUUGGGCAGAAGAGUUUAGCGGAAACACGUGAUACACCCGGGCGGAAGUGGACCUAAAGAGCGUGUACUAAUGGGGAAACCUGGUGAGAUCUCUUUGGAUGUUGUUCUAUGAGGUUUAUGUGCAUCACCAAAAUGGAGUCACAGCUGCUGCUGGCUCCAAUCACUGCCUUGGAGUUUGUGGGUGAUCAUCUUCUGGCUGGUGAAGGCCCUAACCUAACUGUUUAUACCUUAAGAAGCAGCAGUUCGACCUCCCUGAGGCUAAAGGAGAACGUCCUGGCAGGUUACACAAUUCAUGGAAUAAAACCUUGCGGUUCAGACUCGUCUGUCGUGUGUGUGUUUGGAAGUAAGGGUCUUGUUGUUCUGAAUUUUAGCACCAGAGAUCAGGAAGUAAGACUGUCCAAAGUCUGCAAUCUUCGAGAACUGCAUGACUGGAUAUGGGACGUUCAGUGGCUUGGAGAUGCCUUGCAGUCUACUGCUUACCUUGGCUUAGCUUUGGGACACAAUUCUGUUGCAUAUUAUGACUACAAGAUGGGUAAAGUCUUGAAGGAAAUUCACUGCUCUGAAAAAUGUAUCUUGUACUCUGCCCAUUUUGUGGGAACAACCUGGGAAAAGCUCACACUGAUAUCUGGGACUGUGUUCAACCAGCUUGUCAUUUGGGGGAUGUCUGACCAAAUUAAUGAAGAAGGAAGAGUAGAGCCUCGAAGGAGAAUAAGCGGACAUGAUGGUGUCAUUUUUAGUAUAUAUUAUGAAAAGCAGAAAGGUGUUUUGGCUUCAGCCUCGGAUGAUCGCAGCAUCAGGGUGUGGAACGUGGGCAGUCUUACUGACCGUGAUCCUGAUGUUAAGUGUCUUCUUUUGUUAUACGGGCACCAAGCACGAGUGUGGUCAGUCAGGCUUCUCCCAGACAACAUUAUCAGUAUCGGUGAAGACUCUGCUUGUAUUGUGUGGAGCUAUAGUGGUGAUAUUAUCCAUAACUUUAAAGGUCACAAAGGUCGGGGCAUCAGAGCUGUUUCUGUCCAAGAUGAGCUUGGUUUGGUUGCAACUGGUGGGGCAGACUCCGGAAUCCGACUCUGGCAGAUUAGAGAAAAAACUUCCCCAUCUAGUAACCUUUUGAACCUACAUUUUGAUGCCUUCAAAAACAUUGGGGUCCCAAAGGCAAUAACAUUAGCAGAUAUCAACUGUCUUGUUAUAAUGACUGACUUGGGUUUUAUAUACACUUAUAGUUUUAUCAGCAAGCAAUGGAUCUUUGUAUUGAAGGAUAGUAACUAUACAUCGUAUGGUCUCUUAGAGGCGAUCAGACUGGCUGACUCCACCCUGUGUGCCAUCGGUAACAUAACAGGCAGUGUUAAGAUUUUCUCACUUUCAUCUGCUCAAACUUGCAAGGAGUUGAAGCACCAUGAAGGAAAAGUACACAGCUUGACUUGGGUUGCUUCAUCGUCGUUGUUGUCUACAGACACUUGUAGCCUGUUUUCUUCUGGUCCUAAUGGAGUAAUAAUUUGGAAUGAAGUCACAUGUGUGUCUGGUAAUCUCACAUCUGUCACAGAGAGAUGUAGGUUUCUGCUGCCUACUUGCAAACAAAGGUGGCACACCAGCAUAGCAUUUGUGCCUGAAGAAGGUUUGAUCGUAUGUGGUGACCGCAGAGGUUCAUUGGUACUAUUUCCAAAUAGCGUUUCUGGAGCAAACAGCAAUGAAAACAUCACGGACGGGUCUUUACAAAGUGCCAACAACAACACUAAGAAUUCUAAUGUUCCCAGACAAGAAGGGCAGGAAGCAGAGGCAGUUCAUGUUCUUUUUGGCCUUCACGGCAAAUUAGGUGUAACAUCGGUUGUGUACCAUAAUGGCUUUGUGUACAGCAGCGGUCGAGAUGGAUUUUAUCGGCAGUUGAAGGUGGAAAGACGCCAGUUGGUAAUGCUCCGCAAACUCAAGGCUUGCAAGGGGAUGGAGUGGAUCGAACGUGUGUCCUUCACACCUGACGGAAACUUACACAUCCUUGGUUUCCAUUCUACUGACUUUGUGGUGUGGAGUACGAGAACUAAUGAAAAGCUACUGUGCAUCCCUUGUGGUGGUGGACACAGGUCUUGGAGUUACAAGAAAGAAGAUUCAAAUGAAAUGUUUGCCUAUAUUAAAUCUGGUGAUGUAUUUACUUACUACAGUAAAGCAUCUGAAAGAAUUCAGAAUGUUUUAAAGGAAACCUUGCAUGGCAGAGAACUGACAAGUGUUAGGUAUGCUGGAACAAUUAAGAAUUCCAGUAAGGAACUUCUUGACAUCAUUAUUACAAGCAGUGAAGACACCACAGUCAAUUUAUGGGCCUUCAGUGCAAAUUCCAGACACUUGUAUUGCCUUUCGACUAUCAGCGACCAUCUUUCCAGUGUGAAAACGUUGGCUUUAGCAAGGACUAAACAUCAGGAUGGCAUCCUCUCCACUCUACUGUUCACUGCCGGAGGUAGAGCUCAGAUAGAGGUUUAUCGAUUGUUGAUCCAAGCAGGGGAGGUUAAUGACAAUAUUACAUGCCAAGUCAUUCACGUAGCAUCCCACCGACUAGAUGAACACUGGGAUAGAAUUAGGAAUAAACACAGAAUGGUUAAGAUUGAUCCGGAAACAAGAUACUUAUCAGUCACUACAGUGGAUGAGAUUCCAGAAAGCAGGAAACCUGCAUCCUCCAGCGUCUAUCUUGCUGCUGCUUGCAGUGAUGGAUCUAUAAGAUUCUUUGUGAUGAGUGAGAGUUCUCGGCAGAUAAUAUUGGUAGCCGAGUCCUUUUACCACCAGUGCUGUGUACUGAAAGUAGAGACAUUUGUUCAUACUUCUAGCAACAAUUCAAGAGUUAUGCUGUGCAGUGCCGCUACAGAUGGUCGCAUUGCAUUCUGGGAUAUAUCUGGGACAGUAUCCUGUGCUGACCGGAUACUGGAAAAGGAGGAUACAAAUUCUUCACUGCAGCAUCUGGGUCCCGUCUGCUUUACUGUAUCCACUCACCAGUCUGGGAUCAACAGUCUCUGUAUUCAAAUGACUACAGAGGGACAAUACCUGGUUGCCAGUGGAGGAGAUGACAAUUCCAUCUGUGUGUAUUGGUUAAUAUUGGACCAUAAUUCUCAGGAUGAUCCAAAAGGAGGUGUCCAACUUCUCCGGUCAGUCUCGGUCAGCUCAGCUCAUGCUGCACAUGUCACCGGUUUGCGCAUCCUCAGAGAUGACCUCUUAGUAUCUGCGUCUGUGGAUCAGCGUCUAACUUUAUGGAAUAUCAGGGACAGCGGACUUCAGCAUGUGGCCACCAGAUUCUGUCACGUGGCCGAUGUUUCUGAGCUUGACGUUUGGACACAUGAUAAAGAGCAUCUAUGUGUGCUGUGUGGACAAGGCCUGGAGAUUGUGAAGUGCAAUCAUUAGAUAUUUCUGUAUAGUUACUGUUAUCUCUUUGUAAAAUAAUGUGCAAAUAAUGACAGUGUGUCAGGAAAAACAACAUAACAGAAUUUAUAUUUCAAUGAAAUUUUUUCAAAGUGUUUUUGUACAUAAAACCAGUCUUCAUGAGGGAAGCCAUUGAUAUGAAGAUUCUUACUAACGAUUUCCAACCGUAGUUCUU